GUUGUAGCUAUGGCGGUCAUGGGUUCGAACCACCAGAAAGAUGAAACUUGAAUGCACUUUAACUAGGUUGGAUAAAAGUGUCUUUUUGGCUGAAACACAACCGUAAACCAGUUUUGUUACAUUUCACAUAAGAGUAGUGGGCACCAUGGAGAUUGUAAACAGACCAAAACUGAAACAAGAAUGACAAGUAGUACUGUCUAGCAUGUGAAAACACAACUCUUCUUGACAUCUCCUUGACAUGUUUAAUAAGAUGACGCAAUGAAGACGUUUGUUUGCUUCAAAUGCGUAUUACAUUAAGAUAAAUGUGCAUACCUACCUAAUUAAAAACCUUUGACAAAUGAGCUGAGCUGUCAAGACAAACAGCAGGACAAAUACUGCGUCACGAAAAGUAACUUGUAUGCUACUUUAAAUAAGACCCUAAAGCCAUAUUCUGCAACAGUUUAAAUCAGAAGUUACUUUCCAGUGUAGAGAACGAUGGGGAAGCGCUAUUACUGCGAUUAUUGUGAUCGCAGCUUUCAGGACAACAUGCACAACAGAAAGAAGCAUCUGAACGGCGUCCAACACCACCGAUCAAAAAAAGCCUGGUUUGACAACUUUAGAGAUGCUGCCACAAUUUUAAAUGAAGAGCGGGCAAAGGAACCAUGCAGAAAGUUCCUACAAACAGGAGAGUGUGUAUUUGGUACAAACUGUCGUUUUUCACACAUGUCCGAGAGGCACAUGAAGAUGUUGGAGCAAAAGAUUGAUGCUGAUAGGCGACAGAAGGAGUUUCCUAACGAAGAUGAGUCAUCCUAUAAGCGCAACAUUGAUGAAUGGCUCUCCAGAAGAAAGAAGAAACAGGCUGUGCUGACACCAGGAAGUGUUUCAAAGAUUGAAGAGGAAGAGUGCGUUGAAAACAUUGAGAUACCUCCGUAUCUUCUGUCUAUUCCAGAUCUUCCUCCAUCUCUUCAUCCUCCACCAGCUGGUGGUUGGAAAGUGACACUUCAAAAUGAUUGGGGUUAAAAUUGAAAUAUACAAAUAAUUGAAUAGUGCAGGAUACAAACCCAAUUAUUAUGCUAUUUUGCAGGCCUAUUUUAUACAUUUAAUAUUAUUAGAAUUUUUCAAAAUUGUUUUGUAAUACUUUUAAUAGCAUAAUGUGGACUUGCAUGAUGGUAUUUUUCUUUUUGUAAAGAAGUUCUGAAAGUAUAAUGGCUUCAUAUGAAGUUUGUCAAGAAGUUUUAACUUUAUGUUGAAUAUGGAGAGAGAUAAAUUGUUUUUGUCUA